GCGCCGUCCUCACUCGCCGCAUGCAGCGCCGGGCGCCGGUCGGCCGGCCGUGGCCUGUGGUGCAGCACGGCCGGCCAUUACCUAACCCAGAGAGUCGGUGGGCGACCCGCCGCCGCCGCGCCGCCGCCGCGCCGCCGCCCGCCGCUGCCGCCCGCCGACGCCCACGGCCGCGGGCGCCGCCACGUCCGCUGCAGCCAGCCAAUCAGAGGCCGGCAGCGCUGAGGCUAUAAAGCAGGGCCGCGCCCUGCGCCGCCGUCAGAGAAUUUGAAAGUUUCGGUCGGAAGAGGUUAGAUCGCGUGGCUCCGUAACCCAGCCUAGGGUCGAUCCUCUAACGACAGAACAAAUCAACUCCAGCAAUCAUGCGCGAGUGCAUCUCCAUCCAUGUGGGCCAGGCUGGUUGCCAGAUGGGCAAUGCCUGCUGGGAGCUCUACUGCCUCGAGCACGGCAUCCAGCCCGAUGGCACCAUCCCCUCGGACAAGUCCAUGGGAGACAGCGAUGACUCCUUCAGCACCUUCUUCGCCGAGACCGGUGCCGGCAAGCACGUGCCGCGCGCCGUGUUCGUCGACCUGGAGCCAUCUGUGGUGGACGAGGUGCGCACGGGCGCCUACCGCCAGCUCUUCCACCCGGAGCAGCUCAUCUCCGGCAAGGAGGAUGCCGCCAACAACUACGCCCGCGGCCACUACACCAUCGGCAAGGAGAUCGUCGACCUGGUACUGGACCGCAUCAGGAAGCUGGCCGACCAGUGCACCGGCCUGCAGGGCUUCCUGAUCUUCCACUCGUUCGGCGGCGGCACCGGCUCCGGCUUCACCUCGCUGCUGAUGGAGCGUCUCAGCGUCGACUACGGCAAGAAGUCGAAGCUGGAGUUCGCCAUCUACCCGGCGCCGCAGGUGGCCACGGCCGUGGUGGAGCCGUACAACUCCAUCCUGACCACCCACACCACCCUGGAGCACUCGGACUGCGCCUUCAUGGUCGACAACGAGGCCAUCUACGACAUCUGCCGCCGCAACCUCGACAUCGAGCGUCCGUCCUACGCCAACCUGAACCGGCUGAUCGGCCAGAUCGUCUCCUCCAUCACGGCCUCGCUGCGCUUCGACGGAGCCCUGAACGUGGACCUGACCGAGUUCCAGACCAACCUGGUGCCGUACCCGCGUAUCCACUUCCCGCUGGUCACCUACGCUCCGGUCAUCUCGGCUGAGAAGGCCUACCACGAGCAGCUCUCCGUCGGAGAGAUCACCAACGCCUGCUUCGAGCCGGCCAACCAGAUGGUCAAGUGCGACCCGCGCCACGGCAAGUACAUGGCCUGCUGCAUGCUGUACCGCGGAGAUGUCGUCCCUAAGGACGUCAACGCAGCCAUCGCCACCAUCAAGACCAAGCGCAGCAUCCAGUUCGUCGACUGGUGUCCGACCGGCUUCAAGGUCGGCAUCAACUACCAGCCGCCGACCGUGGUGCCCGGCGGCGACCUGGCCAAGGUCUCCCGCGCCGUCUGCAUGCUGUCCAACACCACUGCCAUCGCCGAGGCCUGGGCGCGCCUGGACCACAAGUUCGAUCUGAUGUACGCCAAGCGCGCCUUCGUGCACUGGUACGUCGGCGAGGGCAUGGAGGAGGGCGAGUUCUCCGAGGCCCGUGAAGAUCUGGCCGCCCUCGAGAAGGACUACGAGGAGGUCGGCAUCGACUCUGCCGAGGCCGAGGAUGAGGGCGAGGAGUACUAAGCGCUCUCUCAUGGACGCGCCGACCACCGCGCCGAUCCGAAACGACCACAGCUGAACACAGCUGAACGCAGUAACAACGCUAACGAUCAAACCCAGCUCUGUCCAGUCCAAAUACACUCGCAACUGAAACAA